UGUCAUAGGUUUGUCCGGAAAGAAAAAAACCCACCUUUGCUGUCUGCCAACAAUAUUUAUUCAUCAUAAAAUACAUUAAAAAGAAAUAAAAUAAAAUAAAUACAUUAUAAAUUAUAAAAUAAAUACAUUAUAAUACAUAAAAUAAAUACAUUAUAUCCUUUCCCAUGAUGAUUAAUCACUUUAUUCCUUUUCCCAAAUCCUCCCCUGCCUUUGGAGACCCCAUUCCUAAACCUAAUUCCCUCAUUUUUUUUUUUCUUUUUUUUUUUUCCCCUUUUUCUCCCCAUUUUUCAGCCAUCUACAACUAUGAGGCCACGCAGGACGUGGAGCUGUCCCUGCAGGUGGGGGACACCGUUCACAUCCUGGAGAUGUACGAAGGCUGGUACCGAGGAUACACACUCCGAAAUAAAUGCAAGAAGGGCAUUUUCCCAGAAACUUACAUCCAUUUAAAAGAGGCCAUCGUGAAGGACCGGGGGCAGCACGAGACAGUGAUUCCCAGCGAGCUGCCCCUUGGGCAGGAGCUGACGUGCACGCUGCGGGAGUGGGCAGUGAUCUGGCACAAGCUGUUCGUGAACAACAAAACCACGCAGUUCAGGCAUGUGCAGCAGCUCACCUACAGCCUGAUAGAGUGGAGAUCCCAAAUCCUCUCCGGGACCCUGCCCAAGGAUGAAUUGGCUGAGCUCAAGAAAAAAGUCACUGCCAAGAUUGACUAUGGCAACAGGAUCCUGGGUCUGGACCUGGUUGUCCGUGAUGACAACGGGAACAUCCUGGACCCAGAUGAGACCAGCACAAUCUCCCUCUUCAAGGCCCAUGAAACUGCAUCCAAGAGGAUUGAUGAGAGGAUCCAGGAGGAGAAGUCCCUGCAGCAGAGUUUGGAUCUCCGGGGGCAGCCAAUAUUCAACUCCACACACACUUACAGCCUCUACGUGAACUUCAAGAACUUUGUCUGCAACAUUGGGGAAGAUGCAGAGCUGCUGAUGAGCCUCUAUGACCCUGACCUCUCCAAAUUCAUCAGUGAAAAUUACCUGGUUCGUUGGGGCAGCAAUGGGAUGCCUAAAGAAAUUGAGAAACUGAACAAUCUCCAAGCAGUGUUUACUGACUUGAGCAGCUCUGACCUGAUCAGGCCCAGGAUCAGCCUGGUGUGCCAGAUCGUGCGGGUGGGGCACAUGGAGCUGAAGGAUGGCAAGAAGCACACCUGCGGCCUCCGCCGGCCCUUCGGCGUGGCAGGUCUCUGGGUCUCCCUGAAGCUGCUCCCUGGGGAUCUGGCUCAGGUUCAGAAGGAUUUUUCCCACCUUGUGGACAGAUCCACUGCAGUGGCUCGAAAAAUGGGAUUUCCUGAGAUCAUCCUUCCUGGUGACGUCCGCAAUGACAUCUACGUCACCCUGAUCCAGGGGGACUUCGACAAAGGCAAGAAGAAAACCCCCAAGAACGUCGAGGUCACCGUGUCGGUGCACGACGAGGACGGCGUCCUGCAGGAGAAAGCGAUCCACGCCGGGGCUGGCUACGAGGGAGUGUCCGAGUACAAAUCCGUGGUUUAUUACCAGGUGAAGCAACCCUGCUGGUACGAGACCAUCAAGGUGGCCAUUGCCAUAGAAGAAGUCAGUCGCUGCCACCUGAGGUUCACGUUCCGUCACCGCUCGUCGCAGGAGUCCAGGGAUAGGUCUGAGAGAGCUUUUGGCGUGGGCUUUGUGAAGCUGAUGAAUGCAGAUGGGACCACGCUGCAGGAUGGCAAACACAGUCUGAUCGUUUACAAGGGUGACAACAAGAAAAUGGAAGAUGCCAAGAGUUAUUUGACUCUUCCCUGCACCAAAACGGAGAUGGAGGAGAAGGAGACUCCCUCAGGGAAAAACCUGCACACCCUGGGCAGCUUCACCCCCACGAAGGACAGCACGAAGGACAGCUUCCAGAUCGCCACCGUCAUCUGCUCCACCAAGCUCACCCAGAACGUUGACCUGCUGGGUUUGCUGAACUGGCGCUCCAACUCCCACAACAUCGCCCACAACCUCAGGAAGCUCAUGGAGGUGGAAGGAGGAGAAAUUGUGAAGUUCCUGCCUGACACCCUCGAUGCACUGUUCAACAUCAUGAUGGAAAUGUCAGAAAAUGAAACCUAUGAUUUCCUGGUGUUUGAUGCCCUGGUAUUUAUUAUUUCUUUGAUUGGAGACAUCAAGUUCCAGCAUUUCAACGCCGUGCUUGAGACUUACAUUUACAAACACUUCAGUGCAACCCUGGCCUACGUGAAGCUCACCAAAGUCCUGAACUGCUACGUGGGGAAUGCUGAGGACUCCAGCAAGACAGAGCUGCUCUUUGCAGCCCUGAAAGCCCUGAAAUACCUGUUCAGGUUCAUCGUGCAGUCACGGGUGUUGUACCUGAGAUCAUUAGGUGAGGUGGGGGAUGACACGUUCUUGUCCUUGGUUUCUUUCUUCUUUCAGGGGGCAGCUUUGAAGUAUUUGCCAAGCAUCAUAAAUGAUGUCAAACUGGUGUUUGACCCCGUUGAUCUCAGUGUCCUCUUCAGCAAGUUCAUCCAGAGCAUCCCUGACAGCCAGCUGGUCCGGCAGAAGCUGAACUGCCUGACCAAGAUCGUGGAGAGUGACCUGUUCAAGCAGGCUGAGUGCAGGGAUGCCCUCCUGCCCCUGGUCAUCGAUCAGCUCAGUGGGCAGCUGGAUGACAACUGCAGGAAGCCCGACCACGAGGCCAGCUCCCAGCUCCUGAGCAGUGUCCUGGAGGUCCUGGACCGCAAAGAUGUGGGACCCACAGCUCUGCACAUCCAGCUGAUGAUGGAGCGGCUGCUGCGCCGGAUCAACCGCACGGUGAUCGGGAUGAGCCGGCAGUGCCCGCACCUCGCGAUUUUUGUGGCCUGCAUGACAGCCAUCCUGAGGCAGAUGGAUGAUUUCCAUUACAGCCAUUACAUCAACACUUUCAAAACCAGGCAGGACAUCAUUGACUUCCUGAUGGAAACCUUCAUUAUGUUCAAGGAUCUGAUUGGGAAGAACGUGUAUGCAGCAGACUGGAUGGUCAUGAACAUGAUGCAGAGCAGGGUUUUCCUGAGGGCAGUGAACCAAUUCACCUCCAUCCUCAACCGCCUCUUCCUGGAACCAAGUACAUUUGAACUCCAGCUCUGGAAUAAUUAUUUCCACUUGGCCGUGGCAUUUCUCACUCACAAGUCCCUCCAGCUGGAGACUUUCUCCCAGGCCAAACGCAACAAAAUCAUCAAGAAGUAUGGGGACAUGAGGAAAGAAAUUGGUUUCAAAAUCAGGGAUGUGUGGUAUAACCUGGGUCCCCACAAAAUCAAAUUCAUCCCAGCAAUGGUGGGGCCAAUCCUGGAGGUGACCCUGGUCCCAGAGCCUGAGCUGAGGAAAGCAACAAUUCCCAUUUUUUUUGACAUGAUGCAGUGUGAGUUCAACUUCAGUGGGAACAGGAACUUCCACAUGUUUGAAAACGAGCUCAUCACCAAGCUGGACCAGGAGGUGGAGGGAGGCCGAGGGGAUGAGCAGUACAAGAUCCUGCUGGAGAAACUGCUCCUGGAGCACUGCAGGAAGCACAAAUACCUGGCAGCCCCCGGGGAGGUGUUUGCCCUGCUGGUCAGCAGCCUCCUGGAGAACCUGCUGGACUACAGGACCAUCAUGCACGAUGAGAGCAAGGAGAACCGCAUGAGCUGCACCGUCAACGUGCUGAACUUUUACAAGGAGAAGAAACGAGAGGACAUUUACAUCAGGUAUCUGUACAAACUCAGGGACCUGCACACGGACUGUGAGAAUUUCACAGAGGCUGCCUACACCCUGCUCCUGCACGCUGAGCUGCUCCAGUGGUCGGAGAAGCCGUGUGUCCCUCACCUGCUGCAGAGGGACACGUACUGCGUGUACUCCCAGCAGGAGCUCAAGGAGAAGCUCUACCAGGAGAUCAUCUCCUUCUUUGACAGGGGCAAGAUGUGGGAAAAAGCCAUUCAGCUGAGCAAGGAGCUGGCUGACAUGUAUGAAAACAAGGUCUUUGACUAUGAGGGGAUUGGUGAUCUCCUGAAAAAAAGAGCAGCUUUUUAUGAGAAUAUCAUGAAGGCCAUGAGACCUCAGCCCGAGUACUUUGCUGUUGGAUAUUACGGACAGGGUUUUCCCUCUUUCCUGCGGAAUAAGAUUUUCAUCUACCGUGGCAAAGAGUACGAGCGGAGGGAGGAUUUUAACCUGAAGCUGCUGACCCAGUUCCCCAGUGCUGAGAAGAUGACCAGCACAGCCCCUCCAGCAGAGGAGAUCAAGGCUUCCCCCAAACAGUAUGUGCAGUGCUUCACUGUAAAGCCUGUGAUGAACUUGCCACCUAAUUACAAAGAUAAACCUGUUCCUGAACAGAUCUUAAACUACUACAGAGCCAACGAGGUGCAGCAAUUCACCCACUCCAGACCUGUCAGGAAAGGAGAGAAAGAUCCAGACAACGAGUUUGCUAACAUGUGGAUAGAAAGGACAACCUACACGACAGCUUAUUCAUUUCCAGGCAUCCUCAAGUGGUUUGAGGUCAAACAGGUCACAACGGAGGAGAUCAGCCCCCUGGAGAAUGCCAUAGAAACCAUGGAGCUCACCAAUGAGAAGAUCACCAACAUUGUCCAGCAGCACAUGUGGGACAGGAGCCUGCCCGUGCACCCCCUGUCCAUGCUGCUCAACGGCAUCGUGGACCCCGCGGUCAUGGGGGGCUACACCAACUAUGAAAAGGCCUUCUUCACAGAGAAAUAUCUCCAAGAACACCCUGAAGAUCAAGACAAAAUCGAGCUGCUCAAGCAACAAAUUGCUAUACAGAUGCCUCUCCUGGCAGAGGGGAUCCGGAUCCACGGGGAGAAGCUGACGGAGCAGCUGAAGCCGCUGCACGAGCGGCUCACGUCCUGCUUCAGGGAGCUCAGGAGGAAGGUGGAGAAGCAGUACGGGGUCAUAACUCUGCCCCCAGCUCUGAUUGAGAGGAAGCCCAGCAGGUCGGGCUCGGUGGUGCUGCCCUACAUCAUGUCCUCCACCCUCAGGAGGCUCUCGGUCACCUCCGUGGCCUCCUCUGUGGCCUCCACCUCGUCCACCUCGUCCGACAGCGCUUCCUCCAGGCCAGGCUCGGACGGAUCUACCCUGGAGCCUCUCUUGGAGAGGAGAAUAUCCACAUCUUCCAGGAAUGAGGAGAUACCCGUGAAAGAUGAUGGUGACAACAGGAUUAGCAAACUCAAGAGGAAGGAGUGGAGCAUUAGCAAGUCUCAGGUUAUUGUGGAGAAGGAGCCAGAAACAGAACUGACCUCCAAAAUGGUAAAAAAAAAAAAAUGAUAAUAAUGACAGCAGUAAUAAAACCCACAGCAGGAGCUGAGUGUUUCCACUGCUCUCAGCCAUGCUGGGCAGGGGGAACUUCAUUAAACACUGGGAGGGGCUCAAAUACCAAAAAGCCUUGGUCAUCUGAGUAAUUCUCUUUUGUUUUUUUUUUUUUGUUGUUUUUUGUUUUUUUUUUUUUUUUUUUUUUUUGUUGUUUUUUUGUUGUUUUUUUUUUUUUUUUUAAUUUGGAAAAUUCGUGUCACAGGCCCAAGUGCAGCUUGGCUGGAGGCACAGACUGGGAGCAGGAGGCACUGGUGGUUCAGGGAGGUGCUGAGCAGAGCCCUGGGGUGCUCUCAGCCCUGGUUUUGUGGGGGCAAGGAGCCCCUGCACAGCCAGGCAGGGAUCCAGCUGCCUAGCCAGAUGUUGAGCUGCUGUCAGGCAGCCCUACUGCACAAAUCAAAUAUCCUGUGAGGUGCAGACCCCUUGGAUGGAGCAGGGAGUUGGGAGAAGAUGCUCUGGUGGUUCAGUGACCAGCUCUGGAAAGCUGGAUCUGCCAGGCUGUGCUCUGCUCCAGCCCCUGUGAGGGCAGGGUGGUCAUUCCUGGAGGAAUAAACCAGAAUUUGUACCCCCAGAGGGUCACACUGUUGGGCAUUAAGGCUCACAGUGGGGUUCAGAGUGGUCAGCCAAAGUACAGGGAUGAGUUUCAGCCCACAGGCAGAGCUGUAUGACCUUGGGAUAUUGUCCUGAGGGAUCUGAAAUCUGUGUUAGAUCCUGGGAUAUUGUCCUGAGGGAUCUGAAAUCUGUGUUAGAUCCUGGGAUAUUGUCCUGAGGGAUGUGAAAUCUGUGUCACACCUGGGAUAUUGUCCUGAGGGAUGUAAAAUCUGUGUUAGAUCCUGGGAUAUUGUCCUGAGGGAUGUGAAAUCUGUGUUAGAUCCUGGGAUAUUGUCCUGAGGGAUCUGAAAUCUGUGUUAAAUCCUGGGAUAUUGUCCUGAGGGAUGUAAAAUCUGUGUCACACCUGGGAUAUUGUCCUGAGGGAUGUAAAAUCUGUGUCACACCUGGGAUAUUGUCCUGGUGGAGGUAAAAUCUGUGUCACACCUGGGAUAUUGUCCUGGUGGAGGUAAAAUCUGUGUCACACCCUCAGGCUGAGAGAACUGGGCACCUGGGUAUUUCAGUGCUCCUCAUCCCACUUAACUUGGCUGCUAAUCUGAUUUAACACAGGCUCUUUUUUUUUUUUUUCCACCAUAACAAGAAGACACAAAUUCCUGCAUUUCCCUUUCCUCUCCCAAGUUCCCAGCUGAAUCUGGCAGGGACAGGUAACACAGACCCAUUUCCAGGAAUUCUCCUCAGGUCUGAGGGAUGCUGCCAGCACUUGGAGGCUGCAGAGUGUUUCUACAAAGGGGAUCUGUGCUUCCAGGGUGCUGUCAUUGGUGCUGACAGGAUUUCCAGCCCAGGAAAACUGGGGUUGUGGGUGCUGCUGCUGCAGCAGGCCUGGCCCUCUGGAAUUGCUGUUGAAUAAAAUCCCCAAACAGCUCUGUAGGGAAGGAGCAGUCCAGGGUUCCAGUCCUGCUUCAGGACACUGCAAAGCCCAGGAAAAGCUGCUUUUAUGGCUGCUCUGCUCCAGUCAGCACAGGAGUUGGACAGAGGGGU